AUGCCCAGCAAGGUGAGAAGCUGGGUAGAAAUUUGGUGGGGGGCUACCCUUUUGUUCCUCUUUUGCCACCUGGGCUACGUUUGUGGGCAGAUUCGCUACCCGGUCCCAGAGGAGUCACAGGAAGGGACUUUUGUAGGGAAUGUCGCCCAAGAUUUUCUGCUGGAUACAGAGAGUCUGUCAGCUCGCAGGCUGCAGGUCGCUGGAGAGGUGAACCAAAGACACUUCCGUGUGGAUUUGGACAGCGGAGCCCUGCUAAUCAAAAAUCCAAUCGAUCGAGAGGCACUGUGUGGGCUCAGUGCCAGCUGCAUCGUGCCCCUGGAGUUUGUAACCGAAGGGCCUUUGGAAAUGUACCGAGCAGAGGUUGAGAUCGUAGAUGUGAAUGAUCACGCCCCCCGAUUUCCGCGGCAGCAGUUGGACUUGGAAAUCGGGGAAGCAGCUCCGCCAGGACAGCGUUUCCCCUUGGAAAAGGCACAGGAUGCAGAUGUGGGGAGCAAUUCCAUUAGCAGCUACAGACUAAGCUCCAAUGAACACUUUGCCCUGGAUGUCAAGAAGCGCAGCGACGGCAGCUUGGUCCCAGAGCUUCUUCUGGAGAAGCCUUUGGAUCGUGAGAAGCAAUCGGACUACCGCCUGGUGCUAACUGCUGUGGAUGGAGGGAACCCCCCUAGAUCUGGCACCGCGGAGCUCCGGGUGUCAGUGCUGGAUGUGAAUGACAACGCCCCAGCCUUCCAGCAAUCCAGUUACAGGAUCAGCGUGUUGGAGAGUGCGCCAGCGGGCAUGGUGCUCAUUCAGCUCAACGCCUCGGACCCAGACUUGGGACCUAGUGGUAACGUCACCUUUUCUUUCAGUGGUCACACCCCUGAUCGGGUGAGAAACCUCUUUAGCCUUCAUCCCACGACUGGAAAGCUUACCCUUCAGGGGCCUCUAGACUUUGAGAGUGAGAGUUACUAUGAAUUUGAUGUGAGGGCUCGCGAUGGGGGCUCUCCAGCCAUGGAGCAACAUUGCAGCCUUAGGGUGGAUCUCCUAGAUGUAAAUGACAAUGCCCCCCACAUCACAGUGACCUCGGAGCUGGGAACUCUACCAGAGAGUGCAGAACCUGGCACUGUGGUGGCACUCAUCAGUGUGCAGGACCCUGACUCUGGGUCAAAUGGAGAUGUGAGCCUCCGCAUCCCUGACCACUUACCAUUUGCCCUCAAGUCUGCCUUCAGGAACCAGUUCUCCCUCGUGACAGCUGGACCCUUGGAUCGAGAGGCUAGGUCUAGUUAUGACAUCAUGGUUACUGCUUCUGAUGCUGGGAACCCUCCCCUGAGUACCCACAGGACUAUUUUCCUCAAUAUUUCAGAUGUGAAUGAUAACCCACCCUCUUUCUUCCAGAGGUCACAUGAGGUAUUCGUUCCUGAGAACAAUCGCCCAGGGGACCUGCUUUGUUCCCUUGCAGCCUCUGACCCUGACUCUGGCUUAAACGCACUAAUCUCAUACUCUCUUUUAGAGCCCAGAAAUCGAGAUGUGUCUGCUUCUUCCUUCAUUUCUUUGAACCCCCAGACAGGAGCUGUUCACGCCACUAGAUCGUUUGACUACGAGCAGACCCAGACCCUGCAGUUUGAGGUGCAGGCCAGGGACAGGGGCAGCCCGCCCCUCAGCAGCACUGUCACAGUGCGCCUGUUUGUGCUGGACCUCAACGACAACGCCCCAGCCGUGCUGCGCCCUCGGGCCAGACCCGGUUCCUUAUGUCCACAAGCAUUGCCUCCAUCAGUUGGUGCUGGGCACCUAGUCACAAAGGUGACAGCUGUGGACUUGGAUUCAGGUUACAAUGCCUGGGUUUCCUAUCAGCUCCUGGAGGCCCCGGAUCCCAGCCUCUUUGCUGUCUCCAGAUAUGCGGGGGAAGUACGGACAGCUGUUCCCAUCCCAGCUGACCUCCCACCUCAGAAGCUGGUCAUUGUGGUGAAGGACAGCGGUAGCCCACCACUCUCUACCUCUGUUACUCUCCUGGUGUCUUUAGAGGAAGACACCCAUCCAGUUGUCCCCGAUCUUCGAGAAUCGUCAGCUCCCAGAGAAGGAGAAUCCCGUCUAACGCUCUACUUGGCUGUGUCCUUAGUGGCCAUCUGCUUUGUCUCCUUUGGUUCUUUCGUGGCACUGCUCUCGAAGUGUCUUCGCGGGGCUGCCUGUGGAGUGACAUGCUUUCCUGCUGGCACCUGUGCCUGUCUCAGCAGAUCUCGGAGGAGGGAGGGGCUUCCUCCUUCCAAUGGGAUCCUCCGAAUCCAGCUAGGGUCGGAAGAUCCUAUCAAGUUUGUUGAUGUGGGAGGCCACUCUCAUGGCUGUACACCAUUGGCUUCCGCACCCACUCGGAGUGACAGCUUCAUGAUGGUGAAGUCACCCAGUGCACCUAUGGCAGGGGAGCCUGUGCGCCCAAGCUGUCCACCCUCUGAUCUUCUCUAUGGGCUAGAGGUGAGACCUUUGCAGGCUCAGCCAAUGCUUGGGGGUUAUUGUGAUCCAGACAUGUGGCUGGGCCCAUUGCCAGAGAGUCCUGACCUCUCUGGAAGAGCCCACAGUGAUGUCACCAUUUUUGUGAGUAUUAACUGUGUUGCAAAUGCUGUGCUCGACAAGUGCCUGAGUUGA